AUGGCAGAACCAUUCUGGGGUCCUCAGACCUCGUAUUUAAAUUUUUGUGAAGAGGACUAUGUUGUGACGAGAUACGUUGCCGAGUUUAUCAACACUUUUAGUAGUCUUACUUAUGUGGCAUUUGGACUCUAUGGCUUGUUGACAUCGCCCAAAUUCCCGACGGGGCCCCGCUUAGCUUCAUACUGUGGACUCAUGGGCGUUGGCUUCUGUUCUGCUGGAUAUCAUAUGACGCUCAAAUACCACACGCAGAUGUCUGAUGAGCUGUCGAUGCAUCUACUCACAACACCCCUUAUUUACCGUCUACUCACCUUCAACGCAAGUCCCCAAAAGACCAGGAUUGUGGGAACUGUUCUCACAAUCCUCUUCACUGUCGUUAUGGUCACUCAUAUGGUCAUGGACGAGUUCAUCUUACAUGCCACCACCUUUGGCUUGGGUGUUUACAUCAUUGCUACUCGUGUGCUUAGAAUCAUCCCGGAGCAAGUCAAAGACCCCGUGAUCAGAAAGAAUCUCCAGAAUGUCGCUGUCCUCGGACUUUACUCUUUUGGCUUCGGGUAUAUGGUCUGGCUGAUCGACGAAUUCGCUUGUCGCUACUUGACUAGUGCCAGACACACAGUUGGUCUGCCCCUGGCAUUCUUGCUAGAACUUCACGGAUGGUGGCAUGUUUUUACCGCAAUCGGAGGUUAUACCGCCGUUGCAGUCAUUGACUUGGUGACCUCGGGUGAAGUGACUGAAGACCCUGUGCCCGGCUUCGCUUGGCCAGUUCCUCUCGCAGCAAGACUCAUGUCUAAACGGGCCAGCUCAAUGAAGCAAAGUUGA